AUGAGUGGAGUACCAGGUAGGGGUAGGGGUAGGGGUAGGGGUUCUGGAGACAAGGAUGAUGAGAAGAAAAAGGCUGAUGAGAAGAAAAAGGCUGAUGAGAAGAAAAAGGCUGAUGAGAAGAAAAAGGCUGAUGAGAAGAAAAAGGCUGAUGAGAAGAAAAAGGCUGAUGAGCAACACCGCAAGGAAGCGGAGCAAGGGCAAAGACUGAUUCCUCAGGGGAAUUUUGCGGUGACAUCCUCUGGGAAGUUUGGAGCACCAAAAGCACCACCCAGCUAUAUGACAUCCUCUGGGAAGUUUGGACCACCAAAAGCAGAACCCCGCUAUAUGGGUGAGCAAAAGAAUAUCUCGGUUGAUUCAGCGUUCAAGACGGCCAGCUCAGUGUACAAGUCUAAGACUGGGCCUCCUGAUUAUGCCCAUGGACCCAACAAAGCCGCCGUGGACCCAUUCUACAACCUGAGCCAGGGCUCUAUUGAAACAGGAGCAAAGCUGAAACCGGAUUACCCAUCCCACUACAACUCCGGCGAGAUCACAAACAUGGGACACGUCGUUACGCUGAAGAGUAUGAUCCACAUCACCGUCAAGGACAUGUCCCCCAUCAAGCUGCUGGCUAUGGUUCACUGCAAGGCUCAUAUUCCUAUGACACACAGCAACCCGAAUAUGACGCACGCGAAGCAUAUCCGGAACCUCCUCGUCGACGACAGACAGACCCAAGUUCGGACCCGCAACCCCGAUGGGCGCUACAACCGCCAACCCAUCCGGAAGGCCAAGACAUAG